GACCAAGGGAGCGUGGCACGCGAAGCCCAGUCUUUGACAUCACACUAAGCUCCUCCUUGCACACACUAGACACACACACAAACAUAUACAGACACACACACACGCAGACGGCGUACUUCUCUCCGGCCGCUUGCUCCCGCUACCCGCGAGCCGGCCCCUCCCGAGGCAAGUGUGUGCCGGGCGCAGCCAGCAGCGCGGCUAGGAGCGGAGCGCCCUCAGCCAGAGGGACUCGCAGCAGUGUCGGCCGCCGCGCCCGGAGCGGGACCCGCUCGUCAGAGCGCUCAGCGUCAGCGGCCGGGACACCUUGGCGGCACCUCCGGCUGGAAGCAGCCGCCCCCGCCCCCGCCGGGGCUGCAGGACGCCAGGCCGCCACCCGGCACGCUGUUGGGCCCCCUGCCACCUCUACGAAAGCAGGAGAAGCCGGGCGAAGGAGCAAGACGCUCGGCAGCUGGACUCUGUCGCAAGCCCCUAGCGCCCCCUCAUCCUGCGCCCUUUCGGCGCCCGCAAAGCGAGAUGCAACCGCCGCGCUCCGGCUGAAAGGGGAAGGGGCCGCAGCCAUCCGCUUGCCUGGAAUCCGGUCCCCGCGGCGGCUGCGCGUCCCGGCCACGGCCCCUCGGGCCCAGGAGUGAGCAGGAGCGGUAGCAGGAGGAGGAGAAGCGGCCAGCCCGGGGUUGGCCAGGGCCAGGGAGGAGGGACGGCGCGGGGGGAGCGCGCGGGGGGCGGGGAGGGGGACCCGGCGGAUAAAGAUGGCAAUGUCUCUCAUCCAAGCGUGCCGCAGCCUGGCUCUCUCAACAUGGCUGCUUUCCUUUUGUUUCGUGCAUCUGCUCUGCCUGGACUUCACCGUGGCCGAGAAGGAGGAAUGGUACACCGCCUUUGUGAACAUCACCUACGCGGAGCCCGCGCCGGACCCCGGGGCUGGGGCGGCGGGCGGCGGCGGCGGCGGCGGAUUCGCCGCGGAGCUGCACACGGAGAAGACCGAGUGCGGGCGCUACGGGGAGCACUCGCCCAAGCAGGACGCCCGCGGGGAGGUGGUCAUGGCCAGCUCGGCCCACGACCGCCUGGCCUGCGACCCCAACACUAAGUUCGCCGCCCCGGCCCACGGCAAGAACUGGAUAGCCCUCAUCCCCAAGGGCAACUGCACCUACAGGGAUAAGAUCCGGAACGCCUUCCUGCAGAACGCCUCCGCCGUGGUUAUCUUCAACGUGGGCUCCAACACCAACGAGACCAUCACCAUGUCCCACGCAGGUGUCGAAGACAUCGUGGCAAUAAUGAUCCCUGAGCCCAAAGGGAAGGAGAUAGUCAGCCUGCUGGAGAGAAACAUCACCGUGACCAUGUACAUCACCAUCGGCACCCGGAACUUGCAGAAAUACGUGAGCCGCACUUCGGUCGUGUUCGUCUCCAUCUCCUUCAUCGUCCUGAUGAUCAUUUCCCUCGCGUGGCUGGUCUUUUAUUAUAUCCAGAGGUUUCGAUAUGCAAACGCCAGGGACAGGAACCAGCGCCGACUGGGAGAUGGCAAGAAAGCCAUCAGCAAGCUCCAGGUCAGGACCAUCAAGAAGGGUGACAAGGUAACAGAGCCUGAUUUUGACAACUGUGCAGUUUGCAUUGAAGGGUACAAGCCCAACGACGUCGUCCGGAUCCUGCCAUGCAGGCAUCUUUUCCACAAGUCCUGUGUUGACCCCUGGCUUCUAGACCAUCGCACCUGUCCCAUGUGCAAGAUGAACAUUCUUAAAGCCCUAGGGAUCCCGCCAAAUGCCGACUGCAUGGACGACUUGCCCACCGACUUCGAGGGAUCUCUGGGAGGUCCGCCAACCAACCAGAUCACAGGUGCAAGCGACACGACCGUAAAUGAAAGUUCGGUCACUUUGGACCCUGCUGUCCGGACUGUGGGAGCCUUGCAGGUGGUCCAGGAUACAGAUCCUGCCCCACAGGAGGGAGAAAUCAUCUUCACCACCAACAGUGAGCAGGAGCCAGCAGUAAGCAGUGAUUCUGACAUCUCGCUGAUCAUGGCAAUGGAAGUUGGACUGUCUGAUGUAGAACUUUCCACUGACCAAGACUGCGAAGAGGUGAAAUCUUGAAAUGGCGAAUAUAGAAAAAAAAGAUGGUAGGACCCGAGGGGAAGGAAGGGAGGCGUGCCCCAAGACUGCACUGGGCACAGGCACCUCCAGAACACCUUGGCAACUCCAGGGCGCCCCACUCAAGAAUGGUACCGAAAAGCAAUAUCCAAAGUCACGUUCAUUGGGAUGCAGUUUCUCCAUCUCUACAACAGCCCAUGGCCUCGGCACCUUGGAGGUUGAAAGCUGAUUUUCUCUCCCAUGUCCUUGCAGACACACACUUCAGAAGUUCCUAAAACAGAUCACAGGGACACUUUUAGGGCUUCUUAGUUUCAUUUCACAUUUCUUCUGGGUUUUGUUUUCCUGUUUGGGGAAAUGUUGUUGAUUUCUUUGGCGGGGUCUUUUUAAGGACUCUGUGUAGUUUACUUUAUGUCCACUCCUUUGUUUUUCCUGUGAUUCACUCCAGCAUUUAUACAGAGUUCUGUUUAGAAGCAUCAGUUCCUGCUAGGACCAGGUGGCAUUCCAUCUCUGAGAUGAAUGGCCCUGACCACUCAGCAUGAUGUGUACAUGGCUUUAGGAAGAGCCUCGACACCCUGAAACAGUCCAAGGCCAGCUUUCAUUCAGAAUCUGAAUUUUUUUAAGUGGAUCUUGAAAAUCUCCACUGCCAGAGACCCCAGCACCAAGCUCUGAAUCUGCUGAGGCCACUGCUCAUUUUUUUCAGCGAUGUCACGCUGGCUUCCAGUUGCCAGCCUUUCUUAUGACCCACGUGACAUGAGAAGGAAGCUCUGGGAAGGCAGUUGAGUUCAUCCAAAUCUUACAGUCUCGGGCUGAAAUUCUAAACUCACAAGUCCCCUCUAGUGCCAUUCUCUGUUAGCUGGAGGGCUCGUCCAUUGCUGGGGCUGCAAGCCUAGGUUUAAAACCAGAUACCACAUAUUCCUCCUGAGAGCAAAAUGUCUCUUGCAUUGGUUUCCCCAAGGCUGCAACAGUCUUUUGUUACCUCCACUAGUGGGUUCUGCAGAAGAUGGACGCUUUAGGAAAGAUCCAGUCAUCUUUGGAUCCACCCAAACGAGGGCCUGGGUCUUACCUUCAUUCCAAUACAGUUUUGUUAAACCUCCCCAGACCUCAAGGAAGGAUUUAGAUAAAUCCCUAGGUGAUUGCUUCCCAGAACUCCCCUGAGGGCAUCUAGAUACCCAGUGAGGAGAGAGGUGUGAUUUGAUAAAUCAUUUGAUCUAAAACGUACAGCAUGGGAAUUGCCCAGAUCAAGUAUCUCCCGCUGGAGAGAGACAAAGUCAGAGGAAAGGAAAAGAGUUAUCAAAUCAAAUGAUUUUGAAAACCCACCAGUGUUUUUAAACUAUUUAUGUUUUUAUUUUUUUUUUUUUUUUUUGUAACUAUGACAGAGAUGUGCUAUUUUUUCAGCAGGCAAUUUUGUAAUACAUUUAGACGCUCCAGAUGCAGAAAUGACUAAGGCAGUGUGAAUAGUUUCUCAGAUGGAUCACCUCACCUUUCUGUGAAAGGCCAUGCUGCUGUAUGGGGGUUACCUAGGAAAAGAAAGCUUCUCUCCCUGAGUUAUUUAGCUAAGUGAUGAAGCCCUUGUGCCUCGCGGCACUCACACUCCUCCAAAAGCAGAGUUUGGUUCUGUUGCAAAACCUGGCUGUUGGCUGAACUAUGGUAUAUAUGUCAAGGGAGACCACAGGUUGCCCUUUUUUCACCACCUUUAACGAUUUCCUUUUUGAUGCUUUCUAAGUAGGCAGCAAGGCAAAGAAAAUGAGCACCUCCUUCAGAAAUGUCACAUCUCUCUUGGAGUCCUUCCCGUAAUGAAAUGCAGGUCUGCAGGCGGGAGGGAUGAAAGCAGGGCUGACUCAGGAAUAGGGAGGCGAGGCUGAGCCACAUGCUUGCAAGGCCUCAGCUUCUCCAUCUGCAAAGUGAUGGAGUUGAAAAGGAUGAUGCCCAAGCCUUGUUCUGGUCUCAGGACCACUAAUGAGCAUUUUGUCAGAGGGAUCCAUUCUUGGCAGGUAGUGAUGACAUAUAGUAGACUUCCUACCUUGGGGAGGCAGAGCGACUUGACAUGGAACAUAUAAGAGCUUUUGAGAUUCGGCACGCCCACGUUGCUGAGAAUGACUGUCUAAACGCCUGAAGUUUUAAGUCCAAGUAGGGGUGGUUUUGUUCUGCCGUGUUAUAAAACCACCCAUAAUUCCCAGAGUUUGCAAUCGCUGGAUACCUUCAAACCCUAGUUCUCAGUGUGGAAUUCUUCUGCACCACUUACCCCUGCUACAGUCAGCUUUGCCCAAAGCAGAUUUUGGUAUUAAGUAGAAUUACAAGAAAAAAUUCAACAGCAGAAGAAAUAUAAAAUGUGUUCCAUAUGAGUGUCAUCUCUCCCUGCCAAGGACCAGGUAAAUCAGGAAUUGGUUGCUUCUAUGGCCUGUGGCCAAGGCAGUCCCAAUAGGAUGCUGUGUAGAUGAUGUGAGGCUCCGGGAGCCAAUGUGAAGCCUGUGGACCGGACCCCAAGGAGAUUCUGCUGCAGACUCUCUGAGCCUAGAAGUUUCUCUUUUACCAAAGGUUUGCUUCAGAAGAAUUUUCCUGUGAUUUUGGUAGAUUAAAUGGCACUGAAGGGUUAAAAAAAAAAAA